CUCAGUCUAUCACCAGACAAGACGGCUAAAGAGCGAAGAGUACUCUAAUAAACCAAGGCAUGUUAUGGACACUCACAUCGCAGAUGAUCUUAAAUUUGCCUGCAAGCCACCAUCUACAAUACAAUGGCAUUGAUAAAAUCAUUUGGAAUAUACAUCGGCCGGCUGAGCUAAGAACGAAUAUGGGAGUCUUUCCAAACGAUAGCUCUUACUUUUGCCUGCCGUCCACGAAUCCUCACUGCCAAAUUAUAUAUAUGAUGGUUUGGCGAAUGAACCGAACAUCCGGGAAUCCCAAGAACUGGCCUGCCACCUCAUAGCUUUAACAGACAAAUGGAGAAACACUCAACGGCUUUCCAUUAGCAUUCCACCGAAGAGAGCAAAAGGGCGAAUCAGAAAAGGACAAGCCUGCACUGCUGUCUAUAUAUACACAUAUAUAAAUACAAAGUUAAAUUACUAUCACGAAAUAGAGAAGAUGGAAUCGCCGGGGAACGACCUCAGCGUCUUCCACUUUAGCCAUCCACAUCCACUGGAAUUAACCACUUCAUCACCUCCGACCUCAAAAUCUACCUGCUCUGGGUGCAAGCUCAACAUUACGUCUGGUAAGAGCUAUUACGGCUGUAAAUCCUGUGGCUUUUGUCUCCACUAUUUCUGCUACAAAUUGCCCAUAAUAACCCAGCACCCUGCUCAUUCUUCUCACGAUCUGGUCCUCCUCGUUAUACGAUCAUCCCCUGCUGCUACCAAAGGCACCAUCAAGUGCCAGGCCUGUGGCUACCAUGUCACGGCCUUCUGCUACCACUGUGCUGAAUGCACCAUCUACUUCCACACUUUCUGCCUAGCCCUCCCUCUUUCCCUUUCCAUCACCUACCAUCCUCACAAACUCAAGCUCGAAUUUUCACCUCCCUAUGACUUCUUCUGUGAUAUGUGCAAGAAGACCAGUUAUAAUGGGUGGCUAUACCGGUGCAACUUCUGUGAAUUCGACAUGCAUCUAGCUUGUGCUGUUCAGAACUUAGAUCCCCCCUCUCUUCGCCACCCGUCUUUCUCCCAGUCCAACACUCUGUUGAGAAAAAUUGGGAGUCCUCAAGUGACCCGUAUCAAUGGAGGUACGGGUGAUAAUAGCAUAGGUUCGGAGAUCUUGCAUUUGAUGGCACAGCAAAUUGGAGGGGACAUUAGGGGGAACAGCGGCCGGGCUAAGGUUAUUGGAUGGGAUAAGAGGAUAUACAGUCCAAGACAAAGUAGGACGGCAAGUGUUGAGUUGCAGCUAACAGAACCGAGCCCUUCUAGAGAGUCUGGAAAUUUAGAGGGAAGAACACCGCUUCAAGAUAAAUUGACCCCACGUUCUGAUGUAAGCACACCUCCAAGUUAUCAAUUUAGCGAUGCUUGUUUCUCAAUAGACUUGGCAAAGUCGUAUGCGGAAAGCAGAAGUCUAGCUGAAGCUAAAGGAACUAGUAGAACGACAAGCAAUUCUGGAGAAGCCAAAGAACCGCUCGCUUUUGUUAAUUGGCCAAGCUUUAAUUCAUACAAUGCGGCGCAACAAAGUAGAAUGAACGCGUCAUUCUUAAAUUCAGGGCGGACUAGUUCUUUUGCGGAACCGAGUCAGAAAGCCGCAACGCACAAGCACAAGCUCUCCCAGCUAGGCUCGGAAAGAUUCGUCAAAGAUCGUUCAUGCUGGAAGAAGUUGGUAUCCUGCUGCCUCUAAUAUAAUGCAGAAUUUUUCAAGAAUAUGUAUCGUGCAUGAACAUUGUGUGCAUACGGGGAAAAUGUGGUGACGAUCGAGUUUCGAAGGAACAGAUAGCUACUUCCUUGAAGCGAAAAAAUUCGCACCUUCACGUGAUGUGUUACUAAUUUAGCAAAACGAUUAUAUCGAGGCUGGAAACUAGUGUGCAUUAAACCGCGGAACAUUCUCCACUCCCUCUUUUUUUUUUUUUUUUUUAACAGUAGCUGAACGGUUUUAAAGUUGUUGCUGACCCUCGUUGAUAUGCUCAUCGUUCUAGCAGCAGUCCGGUAUGCAAAUUUUGACUUGGCUUUUGUGAAUACUUUUUCGCAUUUGCUAUCUUGCUAAUUGUAAAGGUACAACUUAAUUAUAAUGAGAGUAGCUCGUGAUGAGAACUCCGAAGAUUGAAAUGAAACACUGCUAUACCUUGUGUCUUGUGUGGGAAGAAAUAUAUGUAUACACAGCGUCCAAGGAAGAAACCUAGUGGCUUUUAUUCAUUUGGUCUCAACAGCUACAAAUGCGUUUAAAGUUUUUUUUUCCCCUUUCCUUUGACAGCUAUGGCAUACUGUGCAUGACGAGGAAAAAAGUCAUGUUUUCUUUUGUUUGUAUUUGGAAGCCGGUCGAGCUUCAAAAUUUUG